CUAUAGGCCACAUUGGACGGACAUCGCAUUCUGCAACAUCCAAGCGAUACUUGUAGAUUGUGAUUGUCUUCGACUGCCAUAAGUCGUAAAGCUAAAAAAAUAAUUUCCAGCAAGUUGAAAUUGUCACAAAUUUGCAGGCCGGUAUGGUUUGGAUGUCACAAAAUUUGAUGUUUAAAAAUCAUUUUCCAUCAACUAUGAAAUGACAAAAAUAAAAGUAAGUACAUAUAAUGAUAUAAAUAAAAUAUUUAAUUGUCGAACCUUCUCCAUAUUAACCCUUCUACUUGCUUUCACGAGCCAUGCACAUUAAACCAACAACAACAUCCUUGAAAAAGUGUGGUAUUUGUUUGAGUGAGAGACUAUAUAUGGCUCCAGCAAAAGGAUCAUCCCUCACGCCAAUCCAGGUGGAGAACCUUCGGUUCCCAGCGGCGGUUACCUCUCCAACCACCACCAAGUCUUAUUUCCUUGGUGGCGCAGGGGAGAGGGGCUUGACGAUUGAGGGGAAGUUCAUAAAAUUCACAGGCAUAGGAGUGUAUUUGGAAGAUAAAGUAGUGGAUUCACUCGCCACCAAGUGGAAGGGUAAGAGCUCACAAGAGUUAUGUGACUCCCUGGACUUCUUCAGAGACAUCAUUUCAAGCCCCUCUGAGAAGUUAAUUCGAGGGUCCAAACUGAGGCCAUUGAGUGGCGUGGAGUACUCAAGAAAGGUGAUGGAGAAUUGUGUGGCACACAUGAAAUCCGCUGGGUCUUAUGGUGAAGCAGAGGCAGCAUCCAUUGAAAAAUUUGCAGAAGCCUUCAGGAAUGUGGAUUUUCCAUCAGGUUCCUCUGUUUUCUACCGGCAAUCACCCGAUGGAAAAUUAGGGCUUAGUUUCUCUUUGGAUGACACAAUACCAGAAGAAGAGGUUGUAGUUAUAGAAAACAAGUCACUCUCAGAAGCAGUGUUAGAGACUAUGAUUGGUGAGCACGCUGUUUCCCCUGAUUUAAAACGCUGUUUGGCUGAAAGGUUGCCUGUUGUGAUGAACCAGGGUCUUCUCCUCAGUGGAAACUGAGAAUCACUAUAGGUUGCAAAAGAUAAAGAACUUAAGCUUUUUGAAAUAUCGAAGCUUGUGUGCAUGUGUAUCUUUUACCUUCCUAUCAAUAAAGUGAUGAAUUUUUAAGUCA